UGCCAGCAACCAAGGAGGACCAGCUGUUUCUACAGGACCCCUGCUCUGGAGCGUGUGCAAGUUGGAAAGAGACCCCACCAAUAACUCUGCACUUAUAAAAGGACUGAGUGGUACAGAAAAUACAGAAGACUCCCCCGAAGUACAUGACUGAUGAAUUAAAGAGUUAAUGAUUCCUCAAGAAGCUUUAAGUUUGCAUACAGAAAUUGGAGAGGGGAGGUUCACCAGUACAUUUCUCUGGCCAAAACCACAGAUGAAGAUUAACUGAAAGCCCUCAGGAACAACAAACAGCACAAUGCUACUGUGAGGCCAAGAGCUUAUUUUGCUAUUUGUUCUCUGUACAUCACCAUAGUAUACAAGUGCUGCUGUGGGUACAAGAAGAAAUGAUCUUAUAUUCAUUCCCUGCAUUUACCUCAGACACAUCCUGAAGAAUAAACAGUUCAUACCGUUCUUUUUUUUUUGUCUUUGACCACUUCACUGCUUCCUCCAUGGAAAUCCCUCCAUCUGAGGACACUCCUCCGAUGCGUUUCUUUGAGACUUGUUGCAAAUAUUUCCGAGAUGAUUCCCCAAAAGGAGAUUUUCCUGUUCAGAAAAAAUCCCCGAAACUCUGUGGCUCCAACUAUCCUCUAAGCAUUGCCUUCAUUGUGGUGAAUGAGUUCUGUGAGCGCUUCUCCUACUAUGGCAUGAGAGCUGUCCUGACAUUGUAUUUCUUAAGCUUCUUCCACUGGGAUGAGAAUCUCUCCACCGCUGUGUACCAUGCCUUUUCUGCACUAUGUUAUUUCACACCUGUCAUUGGAGCCAUCAUGGCAGACUCAUGGCUGGGGAAAUACAAGACGAUCAUCUACCUCUCCAUUGUGUAUGUGGUUGGCCAUCUCAUAAAGUCAGUUGGUGCAAUUCCAUCCCUAGGCAACCAGGUCAUUCAUGUGAUCCUGUCUAUGGUUGGCCUGUUCUUGAUUGCCCUUGGAACAGGAGGCAUCAAGCCCUGUGUCUCUGCAUUUGGUGGGGACCAGUUUGAAGAGGAACAUACUUCGGAGAGAAACCAGUUUUUUUCAAUCUUCUAUUUAUCCAUUAAUGCUGGAAGUUUGAUCUCCACGUUUGUAACUCCUGUAUUAAGAGGGGAUGUGAAAUGUUUUGGAGAGGAUUGUUAUGCACUGGCUUUUGGUGUUCCAGCAGCACUGAUGGUGUUGGCGCUUGUUGUGUUCAUUGCUGGAAGUGGACUGUACAGAAAAACACCACCGCAGGGGAACGUCUUACUUGAAGUGUGCAAAUGCAUCGGUUUUGCUAUUAAGAACAGACUGAAAAAUCGCUCCCGUCAUAUUCCAAAGAGAGAUCACUGGCUGGAUUGGGCAUCAGAAAAAUACUCGAAACAGCUGAUUGGGGAGGUUAAAAUGGUGACACGUGUUCUCUUCCUCUUCAUACCGCUGCCAAUGUUCUGGGCCCUGUUUGAUCAGCAGGGAUCCAGGUGGACUUUGCAAGCCACAAAAAUGAAUGCUGAUUUUGGAAUAUAUGUUCUUCAGCCUGACCAAAUGCAGUUCUUAAAUCCACUUCUUAUUCUUGUCUUCAUCCCAAUUUUUGAUCUUGGACUCUACCCACUGAUAAACCUGUGCAAAUUUAAUUUCACACCUAUUAGGAAAAUGGCAACAGGUAUGAUCCUUGCAGGAUUGGCGUUUGGACUUGCAGCCAUUGUAGAAGUUAAAAUAAAUGAAACUGAUAUGCCUCGACUUGUCCCAGAAGAGAGUUUAAUUCGAGUCCUGAAUUUGGCAAAGAACCCUGUUCAAGUGACAAUCCAAGAUCGGGACCUGUUUCAGCAGCCCGUGAAGGCUUUUCAAAGCCCAGCUGAGUACUCAAAAUUAAUAUUGAAUGGAGAGCAACAGAGCCUUCGCUUCACCCUGCGACAUCAAGGAUUGUCUCUUGCUUUUAACUACACCGUGAAGGAAAAAUCAGUAUACAGCUUAAUUGUUUUUGAGGCAGAAGGAAGCCUAUCAAGCCGCUUAAUUACAGACUUGGAAGCAAAGCCAGAAAAUGGUUUGGCAGCUGUUAGAUUCAUUAAUGGUUUGAGCCAAGAUGUCAACCUCACUAUUGACAACAAACUGUUCAUUGCUGUUCAGAAAAAUUACAGUGCUUCUGAGUACUCACUCCUGGAGAGGGACAAAUAUAAUAAUGGAAAAUGCAUAACUGAAAUGGGAGAGUUCACCCUGGAGCUCGGGCUGCUUGACUUCGGCGCAUCAUACACCAUUGUGAUAACUAACGUUUCUGGAGGUGCUGUUAAGACAUGGAAGUCAGAAGACAUCAAAGCCAACAAUGUCCAUAUGGCUUGGCAGAUACCACAGUACUUAUUGAUAUCUGCUGGGGAGGUGAUGUUCUCCAUUACAGGGCUGGCCUUCUCCUAUUCUCAGUCUCCAGCCAGCAUGAAGUCGGUGCUGCAGGCGGGCUGGCUGCUCACGGUGGCCAUUGGGAAUACCCUUGUGCUCGUUGUUGCUCAGGCUGCACCAAUGGCACAGUGGGCUGAAUUUGUCUUGUUCACUGUUCUCCUCUUUGCUGUGUGCAUUGUUUUCUCCAUCAUGGGAUAUUUCUAUGUCAGUGUGGAUCCGAAGGACCUGGAAGAAAAGGAAGAAAAGAGAGAAACUGCAAGCAGCAGAGGAAACAUGAUUAGUCUCGUUACUCAGAAAACAAAACUCUAACACUGGCAUUCUAUUUUUUUUUAACUCAGUAGAUGGGAGGUUAAACGAAGGGUGGGCACAACGUUAUUUUAUUUUAUAGCAUUGCAGUCUUUAUUACUCAAAAUGUAACCACCUUCUAAAUGGGACCAAAUAGCCCUCUAUAAAAACAAUGGGGGGUCCUGAAAUCAGAGCAGAACUCUCUGGGAAAACUCCUCUGGUAUUAAAAGCCCUUAUGAGUAAAUACAGUGUAAUUUAAAACCUGCCCAUCCUUUUUAACCAUGGAAUGCUUUCCUGUGAUUUUGUUCUAAACUUAUAUUUAGGGCAGCAGGGAGGAAGGGUGGAAGGAAUGCCAUAUGACAGCAAAAAUUUGAGAUGUUGGGAGAAAAUAAUGAACACCCAGAAUAGGAAUUAAGGAAGAAUAGAUGUUACUGGCAGAAGAAUUUUUAAUGCUAUCAUCAAGGACUGGAAGUGUUACACACAAUCCCAAAGGAUUUAAUAAUGUAAUUCUCCUUAUGAGUACUUCCACCCUGUUAUUGCAUGUUAUGAAUGGUCCUGAUUUAUGACUUUUGCCUCCAGGCUCAGAAGUAAUAACAGGGAAUUAAAUUCUGCAGGCUAAAAUAUUCCCAAAACACUACUGAAGAAGAUAUUCAUGCAACCAUUUGUCCAAUACCCAUUUUUUCCCAUAAGUUUUUAGCAACUGAUGAUGUUCUUUGAUUAGAUACGAUUACAGUAUUGGUUUAUGCUUUCUUAUUUCAGAAAUCCAGACAGUUAUUUGUCAUCUUUCUAUAUAUUAAGCCUUUAUUGGGCAUUUCCUUUUACAGCACCUGCCACUGUUAGGUUAUGGCUGAUUUCUUAUCUCAUGCUUCAGUUAUUCUCCAUUGGGAGACAUGUUGCAGCAGUUUCUAUAAAAUUUCAGGCAUCCAGCAGUGAAUUAAACAAGGAUGCACUUUAUCAUUUUUUCUGUUUACAAGAGGAGACCAUGGCAUAGGAGAUGUUUCUUUUUCCUUUCUGUUGUUGUGUCUCUCUACCAAACUUUGGAUAUAGCUAUUUUAUUGGAAUUGCUAUAUAAUUGUCUGAUUUUCCUCGGUUGCAUGAAGCUGUGAUUUUGUGUUCUGCAUAGAAGUAAUUCAGUCAUUGCUGAUCUACUAAAACUCCUAAGAGAGUCCUUGUCUUCACCUGUCACUCCAAGGUCGCAGUUGUAACAGGUAUGGCCUAUUUUACAACAGGGUGGCCAAUAGGAUUUUCAGGUUCAUGGAGAAUAGAUGUUAAGUGAUGUUUCCUCUUGCGUCUUGGCAUUGGCCACAGGUGGUCACUGGUGCUUUGAUUCAGGAGAUCAUGAAACACAAAUGUAAUUUCAUUGCUGUUCAGGACAGUGCUAGGGAUUACACUUAGCUUGACAUCUCUGCUACUUUAAUGUGCCACCUUGGAUGUGAUGUUGAAUAAGACUGAGAAAGCCCCACUUUUUAGUUUAUAACUAGAAGACCUGCAACCUCAGAUUGUUUCCUUUGCUUCCUGUCCCAAGUGACCACGAACUUCUGCCACAAGUUCUGCGUAAGCUCCUGCCUGCUGUGAAACAGCUUCUGGGUCUUGUGCCUGAGGGGGACCGUGGUCUCAGAUAAAUGACACGAGGCUGCGGGUGUGCACACAGAAACACUUCAUGUGGUUCAGUCAGUGCAGAGCCAUUUAUUAAGCUGUGGUGGCUGGAUCCAGGUGGCCAAAUUCUAUGACUCAGUGGGGAAUGAAGGGUACUCAAAGCCAUCUAUUAGGUCAUCCAACCUGCUCCUCAGAAGCCAAGUGAGGAUUAUUUCCUCUGUUCCUUUCUGGUAUUGUUCUCCUGCUGUCAUUCUUUGUCUGGCUUCUUUCUCCUCCAGGCAUUGUUGUUUUCCUAAUCCUGUUUUAUGGCACAUGGUGAAUCAGCUCAGAGCCUGCUGAGUCAUUCUGCUAUGAUGCUGUUUGACCAGUGUCCAAUUUGAGGUACUAAUAGAAAGCAUUUCUUCCUCCCCCCUGCAAACAAAACAAAAAUUCCCAAACUGAAGGAAUGGACAGGCUCCAAUAGCACUGAACAGACACAAUUUAGAAUUAUUGGAGCAUUUAAUUUUUUAUAAGCCUUGAAUUUGGAAGUGUGUUUGUAUUCAAGGGCAUAUGUGGUGAAGCAACAAUUGAAAAUUAUUGGAGCACUUUUCUUAGGAAGCACUCGGUACAUCACAGCUCAGAGUGGCAUGAGGGAAAGCAAGGUGUCCAGAUGACAUGAUCUCUAAGAGUACAUAUGCUCAAGAACCACUUGAUAUUUAUGUUUUAUUUCCUUACUGGUGGCAUUACCAGAAGCUGUCACACACUCUAAGCUUAAUUUAAAGGAACCAUUCCAAACUCAUAAAAGAUACAUUUAGGAUGUCAUCUGUAUCUGCUUUUUAGAUUCCUGAUGCCAGAUUGCCAUUUUCCAAACUUCUCCAUGUUCCUAACCAUCACCAUAAUGCUGGGGUGAGAACAGGAAGGCGAUGCUAUGAAUAAAGUGCUAACAUGAGGCUGGAGGCUGCUUGUGCAGCCCCUCUGGGGAAUUGCUUGCCCAGGGGAGUGCAAGGCUCAGUUCAUGUUUCUUUUCCAGCUGACAGAGUUACUUCUUCUCUCUGGCUCAUCAUCACCUCUUAAAAGCUUUGUCCCCUUCUGGGGCUGCUGGUGUGAUCCUUCCCCACUAUUUCAGCUGCAGUUGUAAGAUUUGGCUGACUUGACCCAUUUAUUUGAAAUGCACUAGCAGUUUGGAGGGAUUUCCCCCGGGCAUGCUGACAAGCAGCCGAGAGCAGGCUGGGGUCUGUCAUGCAGAGCUGCCCCUGCUGUAGCAGGAGAAGGUGGCAAAAUAGCACAUUCAGCAUAGCAAUUUUGAAGCCACAGCUCCAUCCAGGGCCCUUUCAUCACUUUAAAAUGGACUCAAGACUGGAUCAAAGAUUUAGUACCUGAACCUGUGGAGCACAGAGGUCUCUGGGGUUUUCUUCCUAUGGUUAGCUUAGAGAUCAGGCUGUGCACAGCUCUUUACACCCACUUUUAGAACAACGUUCCUUAUUCCUCCUGGUUCUUUGAUUCAGGAUCAGAAGGAGAAGCCAAAAAAGUUAUAGUCUAUGCAAAGCUGUGUGAACCUCCACAGAAAAACAGCAGCCUGCUGACUGUUCAGCUUUGCCUGACACUGAAAGGAGCCUCAGCUGUUGGUGGAGUUUGCCCUGGAGCAGAUUAGGGACAACUCACACCAGCUGUUUUGGAGGCUGACCUACAGCAAUUAUAGUUUCCAGCGAAGAGUCAGUAAUGAGCUGGUGGGGAUCUGUAGGUAUGUUGCUGCACAAGCCUGCACAAGCCUGGAGACUGCAGGGGGUUGGCUUCACUGUGAAAAUAUGUUUAUCUGUGUGUUUUUCUGAAGGAUGCUUUCUGAUAAUUAGUCUUUUUGUGCAGCAAAUUUCCCUUCAGUUGCACUGUCUGUAAUUUAACGCCUUUUUCCCCUUAGCAGGUUGUAAGUGUGGCCAGUGUUAUUUCCAGCUUUGCAUGAGCUAAGCAUAAAAAUGAGAUUUCAAACUCAGCAAAACAACUUAUUGGCUGUAGGUUUCCUAAAUUUACCUCUUUUCUGAGGCAGUCAAAUGCCUUUAGAUGGCAAGCUGCUCUGUGCAGCUCAAGGGGCUUGCAUUUAUUUUUUUCUUCCCUUUCCUCACAGCCCCACCAUUCUAGAAGAUGAGUUUUGGAGGAUUCCAGAAGAUGGGCUCUGAGAGGGAUGCAUGGCACUGGCUCCGAUGCAGCUCGUGUGUGCUGUCAGCACUGGCUGGGACACAGGAGCCUGGCCAGAAACAGGAGCUGGUUCCUCUCUGGAGACCCAAAUGGGGCUGGGCAAGGUAGCCUGGGGCAGGGCUUGCCCUGGUGCAGAUGGGGUUUUCCUGACCAGUGAUCUGGUUGUGAGUUUUAUUGUGAAAGUGAGGAAGAAAGAAAGGGCUAUCUGGUCAAGGUCUUCCCAGCUCCUUAAUGAACAGCUGAAAUUCCUUGUGUUGAAUUAACUGGAGAGAAAAUGAGAUGGUAGAAGUGGAAAGCUCAGAUGAUUAAAUAGUGAAUGACUUCAGACCUUUCAGAAAAGCACUCUCCUAACUGGUGGUGGAAGGCCAUCGGUGCAGUUAGUCACUCAUGCCUUGAGAAUUUCAUUUUUUUUCCAGAAUAUUGCAAAAACCAGCAUAGAGAUCUGCACUGGUGGGUCUGCAGCGACUGGACGAGGAGGCAGCUGUGUUCGUGGUGAUGCCCCCCCCGUCCUUGGUAGCCACCACCUUGGCUUCCCCUGGGGACGGAAAAAACAGCUGACAAUGUAUUACAGAUGGUGGUAGCGCAGGAGGGAGAGCUACAGUUAGGGGUGGUUAAUGGGCAGUUUUAGCCAGCUUCACACAAAGAGGAAUAAUCUCUCCGUGUUGUAUUUCUUUUGUUUUUUUUUUGCAACAAGGAAUUAAACAAGUUGUUUCUUAGUGGGUUUUGAAUCAACGAGCUGCUGCAUCUUCUCAAGGUCUUUCCAUGCUGUGUUUUACUAGUGAAUCUGCAUUAAUCUGCCUCUAGUAUCUGUAGAUCAGAGGACUGUCAGGAUGCAGAGCAGCCACACUACAGGCUCCCACUAUCAGCUGAUAAACUUUGAUCUCCAUUUUUAAUGAACAGUUUUAGCAGUUUUCCUGCAGGGCUCAGCCAGAGUUUGUCUAAAUUUAGGCCAAAACUAAAGACCCAGAGAGACUUGUAAUCAUAGAAUUGUUUUGGUUGAAAGAGACCCUCAGGAUCAUUGAGUCCAACCAUAACCUAACUCUAGCACUAAAUCAACAAAAUAAGUAGCAAAAAUCUCAAAAAAAACCUGCUAAAGCACUGUUUUAGUGCUUAAUUAAGUUUUUAAUGUGCUUAUAGAAAGUUAAAACCUAAACCAGAAUGUAGCAGUUCAGUCUGAGCAAUGAAGAGCUGCAGCUGGAAUCCAGCAGCGUGGCAACUAGCAGUCAAGCUGAAGACAACAAAAAUGAAGCAAACAUCACUUUUUAGAUUAUUUUUUCAUUGCAUAUGUUGUUCAGUCUGCUUGGCCUGUCCUGUUCAAUCUACCCAUGUGUGUAAGGUGAAGAAGCUGAACUGACUGCGGAAGCCACAAACCCUUCCCAAGCUGCAACUUGGUUUUCCUCUUAUUGCAGACUCCCAAGCUGGCUCCAAAUGACUCCCUUCUCUAGCAGCCGUGCUCCUUGUUCCCAUGUGCUCAUCUUCUCUCCCCAGACAUCACUCUGAUUUCUCCCUGAUGACUUUGCCAGCCCUCAUCACUUUGCUUAUUCCUCUUCUCAUCCAGCGUCUCUGCUGCCAGCAACAGCCCAUUCUGCAUGACGCUGCCUACUCUCCUGCAGCCAGAAAAGCUGCUCACCCACGGGACCACCACGUCUGGGGAGAAAUCACACAGAGACAAAUGUCUGCUGAUAACAAGGCAUCUUCCCUGGCUUGCUUUGGCUCUGGCCUCUUGUCACAGCAUCGUAUGACCCUAUAUAUCUUUUGAACUGAUUUGCCUACAGAAGCGAAGGGAUAAUCCAGCAUCUCUGUGUCUCUCUGAUCUGUUCUGUGCCCAGCCAGCUGCCCCCAGUCAGCCGUGCAUUGUGCUGUGCCAAGCUGCAGGGACCCCUGGACUGACACACUGCUGUUACCAGCCAUGGGGUGUCCAUUUCUGCUGCCUGUGGCCCUUGGUGGCCCCAGCCUGCUUCAGUUGGCCUUUGUUCAUACAUUGUUUGUGGUCAGGCUGGUCUUUCCAGCUUCCCACUUGUGCUGGAGGCUCUGACCAGCCCACCCGUGUGCCAUUCAUGGUGUGUCAGCGCUAUCUUUGCUUGCUGACACUUUAUACAGACCAAAAUCUGCAGAGCAAACAGAAGAAAGUUCCCUCAUUACGUAAAAUGCAUUUAAUUUGCUUUUCUCUCCUCCUGUCUCAUUCAUGUCCAGUGUCGUUAGCUGCCCUGUUGUUUCAGGGCUGGCCAGGGAGCUGCGUGGUUCCUUCACCUCGUUGCUGCCUGGGAGUAUGGAGAGGUGGGGGUUCUCCCACUCUGCCCACCCAGGAGCACUUUCCUGGAAGCUUUACUUAAAUUCAAGUCCCCCACUUCUCCAAAAAUUGCAUCCCUUAUGCAACCAAGGAUUAGUCAGAUUUGUAACCAGCCAGUCCCUUUGUGGGGAUUAGCCAGCCUGGGUAACGUUUGGAUUUCACCCUUUGCUAUCUGCUGCCUGUGGCUUUACUUUUGGAGCUAAUAUCACUGAUUUUCUUUCAUUUUUCUUCCCAAAGGUUGUCCUGAGCACUUGUCCUGUCUGUAUAAGAUAACUAAAUGGCCUUGACUCUUUGCAGGCGGAUGGUCCAUCCAUCUUCCACUUUCCCUAGUGACAUGAAGAAUCUCUCUGAGCUAAUGGUGCCAGCAAAAUCGUUUACAUCCCUACCAGAGCAGCUCUUUGGCCCUUCUUUGCGCCAUUCUUCUGUACAUGCUGGUUAAAACCAAAGGGCUUUUUUCUUCAUUUCUCACAGUGUGGAGCAUUCCCUAAGCUCCUGUAAUGCACGUUCUGAGUUCCCUCUUCUGUUUGAGCUGAAAACUGUUAAAAGCCAUUGAGUGUUCCAGAACCAGCUGGUUUUGUCUAGUAAAGUGGUGUUGGUUAGUUGUUUGGUUGGUUUGUUGUUGUUUUGGUUUGUUUUUUUUUACUGUGUUCACAUCCAUCACAGUUCUGGAGUUAAACACUGCUCCGGUCUUCUUCUGUCAACCUUCAUUUUUCCAGAGAAGCCUGGGCCUUUAGCUUUUCCAUAGAAACCUUAUCUUUGGUGCCCUUAGUCCUAAUGCUGUUUGUUGUUCAGCAUCUCUUGAAGCCAGAGAUUUGGGUUCAUUCCUUUGGGUUUUUGAUUCCAUCUGCACAGCAUUUCUUAGCCUGUGUCACUAUAUUACACCUCCUGGGGCCCAGUGACUUACUGGGCUGAAAAGUUGUCAUCUCAGUGGUUCUAAAAGAUGCACCUAGGCUGAAUCUGCUCAACUCUGAAAGUUUUGAGGCCCUUUUCAGCUUGUUAGAGGAAGAGCAGGCACUUUUCCCUAUAAAGGUGAGCUCUCAUGCCUACUGCAUGUGCUCUGUCUGGGAGGGGACACUGCCGGGUCAGAGCAGCUCUGCCAUCCCCAGCACUUUGCUCCUACUUCCCUCUGGCUCUAUAUUUUCUUGCUUGGAUUCAUCUUCUCUGGCUGCUUCCUUGGUGGGUGUUUAAUGGUAAUGACAUUCACUCUGAGAGAGCUGUUGCCUCCCACAAUUCAUUUGACCAGUCUCAUGAUGUUGCCUGUUGUAACACCCAUCACGAGGUUUAUUUUGCCUCUUCAGUCUCCACUGUUGUUCCAGGUUUCCACUGUGGUUUCUCUUGAUUCAGACUGUCAAGCUCUUGCCAAUUUUGUGUUCCUCGUCCUGGCUUCCGCUUAUCAAUGCUGUGCUUGGAGUCCAAGCGCCCUUCACGCCACAGAUCUGCAAGCUAAGUAGACGUAGCAAAUCAUUAGGGCAGACUUUGACCGCUCCUGUCUCCAUCAAAGACUGAGAUUAAAUUAGGCCCCUUUGAUAAAAUGAGCUGAUGGACCAAUUUGGAUUGCAUGUGUGGUAUUAUGGGCCUCGUGGGGCUUAUGAUUAAAAGACAUAAGAGAAUGCAAUUAUUUAGAGAGCUACCAGGAGAUUGCUGUAACUCACUAGUCGCUUCUUUAUCAGAACAAAAGAAGAGCCCAACUCUGCAGGGUGGGAGGCAGUCCCUGGGAAGUGUCUGUGAGCUUCUAAUUGCUGGGAGAGGUGAGAGUCAAGUUUGUCUCCUGCAGGUUUUAAUGUCUGUGAUAAUGCUGUGGGGAGAGGAGAGGGGAUGGAGAGGUGAACGUCGUUCCUACAGUUUCUAUCCCCAAGGCACUUGCUCCAGGAGUGAAACCUUUCACAUAGGUGGCUUCUUUAUCUCUUUAUACAGUUGCUUGAGAUUUUUUCCCUCCAUAAACUACAAUUGUCUUUGCAGCAAAACAGAACUCAGCUGGGUUUCUUUGCUGGACUCUAAUAAAAUCCUGACCUGCACAGGGAGCUCAGUGCAAUCUAGGCUGACUUCUUGCAUCAAAUUCUCAUGCUGGGGGCUGGAUCCUGACCCAGUAGGAAAAACUCUGUUAGCUUAGGCUCUGCAUCAAGCCCUGAAUCUGAGAAGUGUCUGACUGGACACAAAAAUACAAAUUUGCCUGUUUUUUUUUCCUCUCAGAUUACUGAGUCAGAGCUGAAUGGCAUAUGUAAUUUUAGUAGGACUAUUCUUCUCUUUCUUUCUUUUUUUUCCUUUUUUUUUUUUUUUUUUUUUUGUUUGUUUGUUUGUUUGUUUUCUUUAGGAACAUUCAUGCUGCAUUUUAGUUACAGCAUUCAGAGUAUGUCCAAAUAGCUUAAGCACAAAUUGAUCUUGUUUUUCAGCCAGGAAGCUUGUUUUUCAUCUAUUACAAUAAUAAAUGUGGUAUUGAUAAUAGUUUAGGUGCAAUACAGCAAAGAUUUUUGUUAUACAUCAGCUCUGGAGGGCCAAAAUUUUCUUUUUAUCCAUUAUUGAUAUGACAGUUUGCAAAUAUUUAACAAACAAAUUACCAGGUUUUCCCUGUUCCCCUCUUAGUUUGCAAUCUCAGCCUUUCGGACAGCUGAAUUCAGGAUUAAUGAUGAUCUUGUUUAAGACAAUUGUUUGCUUGCAGGUUUAUUCUCUAAACCUACAAAUGCAGUAGGAGAACCAGAGCUGGCACUUUGAAUUAAAUCUCAUCCUUGAAGCAAUUUUUUUAGCUUUAUUCCCUCCAAUUCUCCUAAGCAGAAAUCGGAUUUGCCUGGUAAAGUGCUUAGACCUGUUAUUAAUUUCCUAGUUUAUGUAGUCAUUUUAAAUAUAGAAGCUUAAUGUGAAGAGGUGCCAAAAGGAGCUGUUUUUUCUCUUCUAGCCCUGAGCUUGCUGGGUCUGUUUGGAGUGUAAGUGCUUUAAGAGACAGGUCCUCUCUGAGCACAAACACGGGAGCAAGGAGACCACCUUGAGCAUCCAUAGAAGAGAGGUUUGGUCCUCAGUAAAGCACUGGAGGUGGUGCUGGGAAGCAUUCAGUCCAGGUCCUGGGGCUGGUGAAACACAUCCGUGCUCUGCAGCAGCCUCCUCUCUGCCUGCUCCACUUCUGAGCACAGGGUAAAGGGUGUGAAAAGGGCUGAAGCCCCAGCAUCUGCCUGGGGUGGUUGUUCUUGGUGGAGGAGGCUGCAGGUGAAGCAAGAAGGGUGCUACACCCCAUGGGAAAGACAGAUAAUGCAUCCCCCAGAGUGUAAGCAAGGGUUUGUUAACCAGCGGAGAAGCUGCCACAGAGGCAGGGACAUCUUCUAGGGGAAAACACAGUACCAGAAUAGAGAAACAAAGCAAGCUCAAAGCAGUCCCUUUGGAGCACGUGUUGGGCACUGGGCCACUUCUGCCCUGUGUUUUCUGACCGUGGGCUUUGCAUACACAAUGCACGAAUUCACUGGUGUGUGAGGCAGGCUGUGGAGAUGAGAAGUGCAUUUGUUCUCAAGUAAAAUCACCUUUUGUUAGCAGAAAGUUGGGUCCCUGAAGGGAAUAGUGUUCGAAAAUUACAAAUUAUUAAAGGAUAACACAUUUGA